UUCGUGAAAUGAGCGAGCUGAAGAAGCGUAACCCGAAGCUGAAGCUACUGCUCGCCAUAGGAGGCCCGCACGAGACGAUCGAUCGCUACUGGCAGUUCAUACCGCAGAUGCACCUCUGGCGAGACAUGGUGAUCAGCAUCGCGCAGUGGGUCAAGACGUACGGCUUCGACGGCAUCGUGCUCGACUUCUUCUCGGGCUCGAGGACAGCGCACGACCGCGAGUGGAAGUGGGAAACAGCUAAGCUGAUUGACCCUUUCAUUUGGGAAAUACGCCAGAGGUUCAAGCAAUAUUUGCCAAACUGGCACAUCAUCCUGACGCUGCCCGCAUUCGACAGUUCCAAUCACUACCUGUUCGACAUCAAUAGACUCUCACAGCAGGUGAACUUUUUCUUUGUGAAAAGCAGUGACUGCCUCGAAUUUCCACAGCUUGCCCGGCUGAACGUAUCAACGACCAUGGACAUGUCUGACAUUGACAGAAUAGAACUCAUGGUGAAAAGGGGAGCCGAGCGCACGAGAAUUGUUCUGGAAGUCCCCCUGUCAGGUCGCACCUACUCGGUCACGGGUGCCGGCUUGGGUAGGCGCACCCUUAUUCGCCGGGCCAGCGGGUAAAUACACCAAGCAACAAGGAUUCUUAUCGUCAUUCGAGGUUUGCGACCAUCUUCUAAGCGGUUGGCAGCAGUGGCGCUCAAGUCCAGAUUCCUGUCCGUAUCUGAAGGACGACGAAGAAUACGUGACCUACGAGGAUGAAGAGAGCAUUCGCAACAAGGCAAGCAUGAUCAUCGGUCGCAAGUUCAGAGGCGCGGUUGUCAGGAGCGUCGACCUGGACGACUGCAAUUCAAAAUGCACGGGAAAGUCCAACCUGGUCAAAAUGCUUCGCUCUAGCUUUGACACAGCAGCGCCUGACAAGGACUACCCUUACAAUCCACCGACGGCCUCAUGGUGGGACGAGGACAUUUUCAAACUGAUGCCCACCACCGCCCCGCCUCCGAAGGAGACAACGACAAAACCACCUGAGGUGCCGACGGGGACUCACAACAAAGAGCCAGCGAGCACGAUGAUUCCUACAACAGGCCAGUCAGUGGCGUCAUCUAUUACGGUACCUGCCUCGAAUGACCCGCGAAUGAUUCCGAGUACAACCGAGAAGGUGCCGCCUGCCGUAAGAACCAGCACGCCCACUAUCGGUGAAGAAGUGACAGCAAAAACUGCUCAAUUGCCUUCAAAAUCAUCGACUCUGGCAGCUACGGAGGCAGUGACAUCAUCCGUUACGGCACCUGCUUCGAAAGACCCAGGAAUGGUGCCCAGUACACCAGAGAAGGUGCCACCUGCCAUAAAAACCACCGACACCACUAUCGAAGAAGAAGUGACAGUGACACCUGCUCAAUUGCCUUCAACAUUGUCGACUCUCGCGGCUACAGAGGCAGCGUCGUCAUUCGUUACAGCCCCUGCCUCAGAAGACCCGCGAAUGGGGCCUGGUACAACCAUGAACGUGCCGCGUGUUAUAAAAACCACCACGCCCGCUAUCAGUGAAGAAGUGACAGUGACACCUGCUCAGUUGCCUUCAAAAUCAUCGACUCUCACGGUUAAAGAGGCAGCAUCGUCAACCGUAUCAGUACCUUCCUCGAAUGACCCGCGAAUGGUGCCGAGUACAACCGAGAAGGUGCCGCCUGCCGUGAAAACCAGCACGUCCGCUAUCGAUGAAGAAGUGACAAUGACACCUGCUCAGUUGCCUUCAGAGUUAUCGACUCUUGCAGCUACAGAGGCAGCGACGAAAAAGAGUACCGAUGAGAUCUGUAGAGAAGACAAUGAAAAUGCCCUGAUGCCGCACGAGUCCGAUUGCACCAAAUACUAUCACUGCGCGAAUUCCAAACCACACCUCCAGAAGUGUGCCCGGGGAACUGUAUUCGACAUUGAGCGGCAGAUAUGCAACUGGCCGGCGAUGACAAACCGACCCGAAUGCAAGGAAUGGAAGGAAAAUAGGAGGAAAAGAAUGGCAGGGAGGUUAACCAGCCUUUAGGCUGCCAGUUUGCUACCCUGCGCAUGGGAGGAGUAUGGGGGAGAGGAAAGAUAGAGAGCAGAGAGAAAUAAACCCAGCACAUUUGGCAGCACACGUGCACACGCAAGCUUUCUUGAUGGGCUAAAGCGCAUGAGUGACUGCCUUGUAAACGACACUCAAGCUACUUUGCGAAAUCUUGCCCUUUCGUUUUUUUUAAUAAACCGUGUUAGGUCACUGUUACAUUCGUUGCACAUUUGUACAAGCCGUAGUAUUCUUCCAAGCCAUUAAGUGGAAUGGCUAGGACUCACCAGUACAGUAGGUGACAAAUUACUCCAGUUGUCCUCAUUCGAAUUUUUUUUCAUUAAACACAAGAAAAUGCGGAGUCGAUUUUCAAAAUCUUUCAUCUAGCAGCUAGAGUACUAACCGAAAGUAAAUAUGGUUAUGUCCAACAUUAUAUUCGGGAAGAUUCAAUCCCCUGCCCCAGCAGCCCACCAUUACAGUAAACUACGAGCCGUGACCGCUUGAUCUGUGAAAACCGAUUUCGUAAAACACUGCAUCUGUUCAAGCACAACACAGCCUCUACAAACGAUAGGUCGGCGAACUCACUCAUGUCUCGACUCACUCGAACUCACUUAUACUAAGAUCGAGCCAUUAAUCUGAGUGAUUGCGAGCAAGUAAUAUCGUAAUGAGUCUGACUCCCAGUAAAUCCAGUAGAAUAAAAUUUUUCUGAGCGUGAGUCUUAGUCAGUAAGGCUAAGUAAACUUUUGGUAAACCUGAGUCCGAGUGAGUCCAAAGUGAGAUAUGUAUAUCUUGAGUUAGUCUAGGCGAGUUCCACUUCCUUUUGCCGACCUAAGUGUACGACACACAUAAUAUUUGCAUAUUCGCAUCAGUGACUUCUGCCUAAAGGGCAAGUCUUUAAAGCAACAGAAAGUAAAUAAGUUAGUUUAAUUGUUGAAUAGCCAGAUGACAUCAUAAUAUCCGUACGUUUGUGACUGAGGCAAGACUGUCGAUCAUGUGUCCACAUAGCCAGUUUUUUUUUUCAUCUCAGUACUGGUUCGAAGACCGCUGUUUACGUACAUGUCAUGCAUGAGCUAACCAACAAAGACACAUGUUAGCGAAUUCUAUGUUAAUUAAAAAAACAAUCAUGCGCACGUUUGAACAAACUGGUGAUGUAUAUUUCCACUGACCACGAUCAUAAUAUUUCCAUCAGUAGAGAAAAUGCUUUUGUCAACUUGUGUCAGCUUUCAAAAUAAAGGACUGUUGAAAGAA